AUGGCAACCGAAAAAUCAGACAAGCACGGGAUAGACCCGGAGGACAACCCGACGGCUCUACACCGAGAAUACACGGUCACUUCUGAGGGUGUCAAGCAAACUGCAAAGCAGACGGACUACUCUGGCGCGCACAAGAAGACAGACCCUGUCGAGAUUCGUCUCGUCCGGAAGCUAGAUCUCUGGAUUAUGCCUACCCUCUGGGUUAUGUACUGGUUGAACUACCUAGACCGGAAUGCCAUUGCCUUGGCUCGUCUCAAUGAUCUGGAAGAGGACCUCAAUCUGUCCUCGUCCCAGUAUCAGACCUGUGUUUCUAUUCUGUUUGUCGGAUAUCUCCUCGGGCAGAUCCCAAGCAACAUGAUCCUGACAAGAGUCAGACCGUCAUGGUACAUGGCCGGGUUCAUGGCCCUGUGGGCUGUAGUCAGCUCUCUCACUGCCCUAGCAAAAGACUUCAAGGGUCUACUCCUUACGAGGUUCUUUCUCGGUGUGACCGGCGCCCUCUACAUGCUCUCCAUCUUCUACACCCGCAAAGAGAUCGCCACCCGCAUCUCCGUCCUCUACACCGGCAACAUCCUCGCCACCGCCUUCGCCGGGCUCAUCGCCGCCGGCAUCUUCCACGGCAUGGACGACCUCGGCGGCAUCGCCGGCUGGCAGUGGCUCUUCAUCCUGCAAGGCGCCGUGACCUUCGUCGUCGCCGUGCUCUCCAUCUUCACCCUGCCCGACGACCCGCGCGAGACCCGCUGGCUGACUCCCGAAGAGCGCGCCCUCGCGCACUCCCGCAUCGUCGCCGACACCGUCGGCGCCCGCCACGAGACCAGCACGCUCAGCGGGCUCAAGGAGGCCGCGCGCGAUCCGCGCCUGUGGCUCUUCGCCUUCAUGCAGCACAUGCAUCUCGCCGCCAACGGGUUCAAGAACUUCUUCCCCACGGCCGUCGAGACCCUCGGCUUCAACACUACCAUCACGCUGGUGUUGACUUGUCCGCCGUAUCUGAUUGCCGGCAUUAUCUCAGUGUUCUGGUCGUGGAGCUCGGGAAGGUAUAACGAGCGUACAUGGCACAUCACGGUGGCGAAGACGAUCGCUAUUGUGGGGUUUGUGUUGGGGUGUGCGACGCUGAAUGUUGGGGCCAGGUACUUUGCCAUGGUCGUCUUCUCGAUUGGCACCUAUGCGGUGAAUAGUAUUAUCCUCGGGUGGGUGUCGAGUACGUGCGGCCAGACCAAGGAGAAGAAGGCGUCGGCAUUAGCGAUUGUGAAUACGAUUGCUAAUGUGUCAUUUAUAUGGACCCCGUACCUGUGGCCGAGCUCGGAUGAGCCGCGAUAUACCAUCGCCAUGUCGGCGAGCGCGGCAUUCAGCGUGGCGUGUGCGACCAGUGCAUGGGUCAUGAAGCUGUGGUUGAUUCGCACAAAUCGCAAGAUACGGCAGUCGAACGACGAGACUACGUUGUAUUAUGCUUAUUGA